UUCUCAAGUUAAAAAAUUAUUUUCCAUUUUUCUCAAGCAAAAGUGGAAUUAUCCAUUGUUAACCUUCCCAAAAUUACUUUAAUAAUGAUUAUACAGAUUUUGGGAAAUUUUGAUGGAAGUUCCCGGAUUUGUGAAGCUUUGUAUUCCGAUAAGUAUUCCUAACAUUUUGAGACUCUGGCAAGCUUUUCAUUAGUUUUUAACUUCCUGCUCUACUCUCGUGGCUCUACUUCACAGAGGGCUACAUCAUAUUUCCCCUUGCUGGAGCAGAUUCUGUAGGCAUCUUCUUGUCUGUCACAGUUUCCCCUAAUUCCACAACAGGAGUGUGGCAUUAAUAAUUGGCCUUUGUAAGAACCAAAGGAUUCGUGUACAUGUAUGAGAAUGCAUUAAAGAGAGGAGUGACCCACACAACCCAAGCGCAUAUGCAAAGUAGAUAUUAACAAAAGCUUAACCGAUACAGUGGUGGGAAAAGACAAGAAGAAUGAGAUUUCCUUCUUUGUUUUUAUAGCGAGUAAACUCAACCGGAACAAUUAAAGCAGCGGCUGCCGUCCCCGUUCUACUCUUUCUGGACCAUGCUAGUGAAGUUAAAAUAUGAAUUUCCCCUUAACCUAGUAAGCAAUAGAUCAACCAGCUCUUUGAUUCCAACCUUAUCCUCAGUUAAAACAUUAAAUUAUAGAGGAGCAUUAUGUGAACGUGAAGGCCACAGCCUGCAUUAGACUUGCCAGACAGGCCCUCCUUUUUGGUGGACAUAACAUGACAAAUCUGCUUAACAACUCCACCCUCAGUACAUAAAGCCAUCGCCAGCUCUAGUUAGACUUCAAUAUAGACGAGAACAAAGCUCAGAGUCAGACCUUCGUUGCAACCCCUACAAUGGAGGCAUUAACCAGACAAUCUCUCUUAUCUUCUGAGAAUCUGGUGUAUCCCUCAUUUCAGGUGAUCGCAAUGACUGCUAACUUGGGGUGCGCUUGUUGUAGGCAAAAAGUCUUCCAACUUACUUCAAGGAUGACCGGAUUAAGAGAGUACACAGUGGACGUACGUAACAAGCGAGUGAUAGUAAAGGGCGAUGUCAAAGUUAGAUGGAACACAAGAACUGAGAGUCUCAAAGGCAAAAUGAAGAAAGGGCAGCGUCCAUUCAAUUUUUUUUUCCGUUUUCUCAAAACAAAUUGCAUCAAUAAACAUUUAGUUGAUUGAGCAUAAACCACUCUUAUAUUCUACUUAUUGAAUAGUUUAUAGCAUUGAAGUAAUAGAUCAAUCUAUCAAACCGAAGAACCAAUGUCAGACCUUUUCCUUUUUCCUUUUUUCCUUGUUUCUUACAAAAGUUGAGGUUGGAUUCAAUUCACUUAAUAGGCCAUUCUUAACAUUAAAGCAGUG